GAAGCAGAACAGAGAAAAAGAAAAAAAGGGAGAAAAAGCUAAACCCGAGAGAGAACGGGAGAGAGACAGAGACACUCAUGGACGAGAAGCCCAUAUCUCUUGAAUCAGCUCUUCACGAAGAAGAUGAAUACAGUACCGGCAACAAUAUCCAUGGAUGGCAGAAGGUCACCUAUGCGAAACGCCAGAGAAAGAACUUGGCGAAGAACUCAGAUGCAGGUUCCGAUCUCGGCAAAUUCCGUAUGAAUGGAUCCGCAGGAGGCGACAAGAUUAACGUUUUUCAGUCUCUCGAACAAAAAUCCGAAGAACGCCGCAGAGCCCUAGAAGCUCAGAAGAUCGCUGCUGCUGCUUCUGUGGCCGCGGCUAUUCCCAGAUCGAAACAUUAUUCUGAUGAUGAUGGGGACGAUAGCGAUGUUGAAGCAUCCGGUGUUGUGGAGAAUGGGACUGCUGAGGUUAAGAAGCCUAAGCAGAAGAAGCCUAAGGCGCCCAAGAUUACUGUGGCCGAUGCAGCUUCCAAGAUUGAUGCUUCUCAUCUCAACGCCUACCUCAUUGAUGUUACAGCAUCGUAUGAAUCACAGCAGGAUAUCCAGCUGAUGCGUUUUGCUGAUUACUUCGGUCGCGCCUUCUCUGGUGUGAGCGCAGCCCAGUUCCCGUGGACGAAGAUUUUCAAGGAGUCUCCGGUUGCAAAGAUCGUCGAUAUACCACUCUCUCACAUUUCUGAGGCUGUUUAUAAGACAUCAACUGACUGGAUCAACCAACGAUCUUCUGAUGCUCUUGGUGUCUUCGUUUUGUGGUCAUUGGAUAGCAUUUUAGCUGACCUAGCAAUUCACCAAGGUCCUGCUAAGGGCUCCAAGAAGGUGGCUCAUCAGGCUCCAUCUAAGGCUCAGGUUGCAAUUUUUGUGGUUUUAGCAAUGGUAUUGCGCCGAAAACCUGAUAUUUUAAUUAGUGUAUUGCCAAUCUUGAGGGAAAAUUCUAAAUAUCAAGGACAAGAUAAAUUUCCAGUUAUCAUCUGGUUACUUGCUCAGGCCUCCCAAGGAGACCUGGUUGUAGGGAUGUAUUCAUGGGUGCAUAACCUCUUGCCUAUGGUCACUGGCAAAUCAAGUUGUAAUCCACAGUCUAGGGACUUGAUUUUGCAGUUAGUGGAGAGAAUUUUGUCUUUGCCAAAAGCUCGGCCUAUGUUACUGAAUGGUGUUGCCAGAAAGGGGGAGCGGCUGGUGCCACCUUCAGCUCUUGAACAGUUGAUGCGAAUUACUUUCCCUGUUCCAUCAGCUCGAAUCAAGGCCACCGAAAGGUUUGAGGCAAUAUAUCCCACUCUGAAAGAACUUGCACUUUCUGGUGUCUCUGGAAGUAAGGCAAUGAAGCAAGUUUCUCAGCAAACAUUGAACUUUGCAGUCCAAGCAGCAGGUGAAAGCAUCCCAGAAUUAUCCAAAGAAGCUACUGGCAUUUUCAUCUGUUGCUUGACUGAAAACCCUGAUUGUUACAAGCAAUGGGACAAGAUCUACCUGGAUAAUAUUGAAGCCAGUGUUAAUGUUUUGAAAAAGCUGACCGAUGAAUGGAAGCUGCAUUCUGUUAAACACUCCUCUCUUGACCCUCUGAAGGAAACUGUCAAAAGUUUCAGACAGAAGAAUGAGAAAGCAUUGGCUAGUGGAGAUGAUGCUCACGCUCAAGCCUCCAUCAAUGAGGCAGACAAGUAUUGUAAGGUGUUAUUGGGAAGACUUUCGCAUGGGCAUGGAUGCAUGAAGAGCAUGGUGUUUGCAGCCAUUGCAUUGGCCGUUGGUGCCUUUGUCAUGUCACCAGAAAUGGAGUCCUGGGACUGGAAGAAAUUAUCAAUGAUGUUCAACUCCCAGCAAUCUUUCUGAGCAAACUCUAGGAGAGAGAUUGGUGAUCCAUGGUGGGCAACAGAAAAAUGGGACUUUUUACUAUGUCCAGCUUAGGAAAUGUAAGCAAGCUGGCCCAUAAGGAAGGGGCAGAGUUUGAGGUAUCUAUACUAACCUUUGCGAAGUCUCGUUGGGUUGGCGAAACUAGAGUUAGGUGAAAGAGUCCAACGCGGAAUGGAAGGUCCAAAGUUAGGUGACAAAGAGAAAAGAGAGUUGGUAAAUCUUUUUAGUUGGUUCGAGUCAUUCAGGAUUGAUUUGGCAUUCCUGUUUCUUUUUUUCAAAAUUAGAUGUAACAGUUUGAUUUAAGUUAUCUCAGUCCGUUAAUUUACUAGACAAUGAAAGGCAAAAUAUCUUCUUUGGUUGA